AUGGUCCUUGUAUUGCGAGCAAAUAGGUUUUAUGGUCCAAUUAAACAUGUGAAAAAUUGUUUUCAAGACUUGGAUGUACUUGACAUUGCUUUCAAUAAUUUUUCUGGUCAAUUACCAAUUGAAUUCUUUCAAGCCCCUCAACUAAGGUCACUCAAAAUUGGCGGGAAUAAACUGAAAGGAAAGUUGCCGAGGUCAUUAGCCCAUUGCAAAAAGCUUGAAGUUUUGGACGUUGGAAAAAAUAUGAUACAAGACACAUUUCCUUUUUGGUUGGUGAAAUUGCCUUCUUUAAAGGUUCUUGUACUAAGAGCAAAUAGAUUUUAUGGUCCGAUUAAAAUUUCUGAGGAUGAAAAUGCUUUCCUAGAGUUACACAUACUGGACCUCGCUUCCAAUAACUUUUCAGGUGAGUUACCUGUUGGAUUUUUUCAAUCUUUGAAGGCAAUGAAGAUGAUGAUUGAUGGCAAAAAAGGUAAGCCAGAUUAUAUUGGAGAUGAUUACUACCAGGACUCUGUGACAAUUGUGAAUAAAGGGUUUGAACUUUUUUACCAGAAAAUUUUAACCAUCUUUGCUUGUCUUGACUUUUCCAAUAAUAGUUUCCAUGGGAAAAUACCAGAAGAAAUACAAAACCUCAAGUCACUCAAAGUGCUAAACUUGUCCUACAACAGCUUCCUUGGCCCAAUUCCUUUAGCACUUGGAAACUUAACUCAACUUGAGUCUUUGGACCUCUCCCAGAACAAACUCUCCGGGAAGAUUCCUCUACAGCUUACAAGCCUAACAUUUCUUGCAGUAUUGAAUCUCUCUUACAACCAACUUGAGGGAACCAUACCACAAAGCUACCAAUUUGGUACAUUUUCAAACGAUUCUUUCAAAGGGAACCCAAGAUUGUGUGGGCCUCCUUUGACAAAGAAAUGCAAUGAAGUUGGUCUCGGAAUGCCACCCCCUAAGGAAGAUCAAGAUUCAUGGGUAGAUGUGCUGAAUGAGAUGGGAAACAAAUGGAUGGAUAGGUUUACAUGGAAUCGGAAUAAAAAAUGGAGAAGAUCUUCUAGGUGACUCCAUCAAAAUUCAAGUUUCAAAUUCAUUUGGAGCACAAUCAAGGGAAGUUUGGCAGGCCAUCUAAAGAUAUAGAAGCUAUUGUUUCAACUAUCAGAAGUUCCUUUUGGCUUAGUUCAAUAACAAGAUUGCAUUCUCCAGUUCCACGCUUCCUCUUCAACAACAGAAAUUGUGUCUGAGUGUUUUUGGCUUGGUGUUACGGUACUUGUGUCUCGGUUCUUUCUCUUCUGCUCACCAAAGAUGAUUGGCAGUAUGUCCGGUUGUAUUGUGCUUGUCUUCUGUUCUGUCUAUGGGGUGGUGUUUUACUGCUGAGUUAUGGGGUUCCCCUGUUGUUCACCCUAUUGUGUAACUCUGUUUUUAUUAAUAAUUUCUGGCUUAGCAAAAGAAAAAUGUGUCUGAAUUGGGGACUGGUUCCUUAAUGUUGCUUCGUUUGAUUACUUUGCAAAAGUUAGAUUGUUCUUGGACAUUUGUAGCGUAUUGAUAGCUUACUGUUUACUUGUAGCAGGUCUACUGCUUUCUUUGGGUUAAUAAAAAUCAUUUAUCCAAAGAAAUUCUUAACAAAAGUCCUAUUAUCUUUUAAACUCUUCAUUAUGGUUAUACCUAAGUGAUCAUGCCGGCAGCCACAUAAUAGGUCUUACACAUGAAAGCUCAGUUUGCCACGUCGUCAUUAAGAGGUAUAAAAAGUAGAACCAGACCAGACAGGCGAUUCACUACUGAAUUCUCUUUGCUCUCUUUAACUGCUCCUUACUCUCUCUCAUUUACUUGCUUCUAAUAUACCUUACUAACUUAACUUGCAUCGGAGAAUGCCUCAAAAUAACAUUUUUGGCACACUGACUUUCUACUCUAUGACAGGUCACACAAACUCUCCUUCUCAACCUCCAGUAAAACUUUCAACUAUCAGACCAGGAA